UUAAAUGAGGCUUGGGCCAAACUUAACAAACAAAAUACACGAUAGUAUUGAACUUUCGGGCUUUCGUUCUUUUAACAAUUACGUUGAUAAUGACCAAUACCUACAAUCUCAUGCAAAGAUAAUGUGGGCAGUGGGCACGUAUACGUAAACUUGAUGGCAGAGGAGGCCGUAAUCAACCUGUGGUUACUAGGAUAUGGCUGACAUAUCAUUUACUCAAUCCAAAUUCCUGAAUUCAGAAAUUUCAUGAGUGGCAGAAAUAUUUUUUCAUAAUCCUUCCAUAUUCUGUCUUGAUAUAGUAUCAAGGUAUUUCAUUACUGUAUUCCUUUUUUAAUUGUAUUUUGGGAGUUUCUUUUUCACCUGUUAUAGUUAUUCUCAUGGUACAAUGGAUGUCAAAAAGGAAAAGAAUUUUGCAAAAACAGAUGAACAGACCAACAAAUCAGAGUUGAUUAAUUACAUAAACCAUAAUGUGAUUGGAAAAGACGCUGUAUUUUCAGGCCCUUUCGGGAUACGGAAAAUCUUAUAUUGUGAUUACAUAGCAUCUGGAAGACCUUUAGCCAGCAUUGAAGAUUUUCUUCAAAAGCAUGUUUUGCCAAUGUAUGGCAAUACCCACACAACCACGUCUGUCACAUCUUUGCAGAUGACAUUUUUCCGCCAAGAAGCAAGAGAUAUUAUACGAAAUGCAGUACGAGCAAGUGAACAUGACGCUGUAAUAUUUGCCGGAAGUGGUGUAACAGGUUCAGUUCAUAAGUUGAUCAACGCUCUUAAUUUUUCUAAACCACCAGUGGUAUUUUGUGGGCCUUUUGAACACCAUUCCAACUUACUACCAUGGCGUGAAAUAGCAUUUGAAGUUGUGCGUAUAAGUGAGAACGCAAAUGGAGACCUUAAUCUUCACCAUCUUGAGGCUGCAUUGGAGGAAUGGGAAAAAGUAGGAUUGCCAAUGGUAGGAUGCUUUUCCGCUGCGUCCAAUGUAACUGGACGUUUAGCAGACACUGUUGCAACCUCUAUACUCUUGCAUCGUUACGGAGCAUUGUCUCUGUGGGAUUAUGCAACUGCUGCACCUUAUACAGAGAUUACUAUGCAUCCAGUUGUUGCAAAUGGGAAUGCAUCGAAAGACGCAAUUUUUAUAUCACCACAUAAAUUUGUAGGUGGAGUGAAUACACCAGGGGUGCUCGUUGCCUCCAAGACAGUUUUCAAUAAUCCAGUCCCAUCUGAUUGCGGUGGGGGUUCUGUAUUCUUCGUCUCUGAUAACAAUCAUAAAUACUUAAAAGAUGAAGAAACAAGGGAGGAAGGCGGAACCCCUGAUAUUAUAGGUUCAAUUCGUGCGGGAUUAGCUUUUAAACUGAAAGAAGAUAUUGGAAGUAAAGAAAUAAUGAAACAUGAAAAUGAUAUUUAUAACCAUGUUUUAAAUGCAUGGAAAGAUGUUCAAAGUAUUGAAAUACUAGGUCUGACUGAUUCUCACAAAAAUAAUAAUAAAAAGACACUUGCUGUGUUUUCAUUCAUGAUUCGUCAUCUUGACUCAGGGUUGUAUUUACAUUAUAGUUUCAUUGCUGCAUUAUUGAAUGAUCUAUUUGGAAUUCAAGCAAGAGGUGGAUGUGCUUGUGCUGGUCCAUAUGCUCAAGAUCUGCUAGGGAUAAGUUCUGAUAAAGUGGCAAGAUUUGAAAAAGCGUUAACUGAAGAUUCAAGAUUGGAUCGAAGGCAUUUACGAAGGUUUAAGGAAUAUUCUCCACAUGAAGUGUUGAGGCCGGGCUUUGUUCGGCUGAGUCUUCCAUACUUUACAACAAAUGAAGAAGCUGAUUUUAUAAUUGAAGCAGUUAAAAUGAUUGCAGAAAAUGGUUGGAAUAUACUGCCCAAUUAUUUAUUUAACCCGGAAACUGGAGAAUGGAUGCAUGUAAAACAGAAGGUCUUUAACGAUAGGAAAUGGCUUGGUCAGGCAAAGUUCACGACUUCAGGAAUGACUUUCCGGGCACCGACACUUGACGAAACGAAAGGAAGUUUGCCUGACACUUUUGAAAAAUGUUUAUCAUUAGCUAAAGAAGUGUUUGAAAAAGCAAAACGAGCACCUGAAACCUUUCUACCAAAUCAUGAUUCUAUAUUUAAUAAAUCUGUGGAAGAUUUGAGAUGGUUCUUAACACCAUCGGAAGCGCGAAUGUGGGUUACAAAAUCUCAAGGUCGCAAAGUACAAGCGCUUCCUAAGCGAACUCCUUCUUUCACAGUACGAAAAAAAAUCACAGAGCUGACUUUGGAGGAAAUCAAUAAGAAGGUUUCAAUUUCAGAAUUUACAAAAGAAAAAAUUUCGCGAAUACUUAACAGGCAAGAAUCGAAUCACAAAACUCCAGGUGUGAACGGAGAAGACAAUUCUUCAUUGCAUACUAAUGGGCAGGUUUUGUCCAAAGAUAAAACCGAUAUAAUUAUGUCAAAUAGCAUUCCUGAUAAUGGCCAUACAAAUGGUGAAAUCAAUGGAAACGAUAGCAGCUUACAAAUGAAUUCUUGUUCAAAAAAUGGCAGAGCGAAUACACCAUCAGAAGUGAAAUUCAUUUCACCACCUAAAAGGCUAUUCAAGCUGACAGUUCAAGCAAUUGAAGAUUUUAAAAUGAUUAAUUCAGGUGAUAGAGUACUUGUCUGUCUUUCUGGCGGAAAGGAUUCACUAUCAUUACUCCACACAUUACGCCAAUAUCAAUUUUACGCAAAGAAACAAGGUGUGGAUUUUGAACUUGGGGCUGUCACUGUUGACCCCAAAACAGAAUCUUAUGAUCCUUCUCCGUUAAUUGAAUAUUUAUCUGCUUUAGGUUUGCCUUAUUUUUAUGAAGAACAGGCUAUAUUGGACCAAGCUUUAUCAUUACCUGAAGUCACCUCAAUAUGUGCUUUCUGUUCUCGUAUGAAACGAGGAAGGCUUUAUCAUUGCGCACGUAGGGAGAAAUGGAAUGUUUUAGCGAUGGGACAACAUCUCGAUGAUUUAGCGGAAAGUUUUCUAAUGUCGACGUUUCAAAACGGCCUUCUUCGAACCAUGAAGGCUAAUUACACAGUAAAAGAACGUGAUUUAAGAGUAAUCCGACCAUUUAUUUAUGUUCGUGAAAAGGACACAAGGGACUUUGCGGAAAAUUCAAUUCUUCCUGUCAUCCCUGAAAACUGUCCAGCAUGUUUUGAAGCUCCUAAAGAAAGACAUAGGAUGAAACAACUUCUGGCGUCGCAGGAAAUUUUGCAUCCUAAAUUGUUCUACAGUCUGAAAGAAGCGCUGCGACCGCUAAUGUCAAAAAACGAAACAGGAAUGGAGUCUGGUGGUAAAAAUCCUAUUGUUUUGCAUACUGGUAACAAUGCUUAUGACAGUGAUGAAUAAGUUGUUUCUUAUGGGUAUUGAGAUAUAUUUUUAAUCUUUUUGUGUAUGAAUCUAGCAAUGCCUUUACCUCAAGUUUUUUUUUUUGGUUGAAAAUGAUUUAUCAUGUUUACCCAGCCUUACAAUAUGUUAGUUUACUGUAUAUAGACUGCUCUCUCAUAUUGAAGAUUUUCUGCUAAAUAUAGGCGCAAUGUACCGGUAGUCACUUUUGCAUUUAGAUAUGGCUGUGUUACAAUAGGACUGUUAUAUGCUGAAACAUCAGUUUAAUAGGCAUAAAAAAUUUGCGUUUUGUAAUUUUAAAUAGUGUGACAAGGUAUGGCAAUACCAAAUAUUGCUAAAUUUGAGUUUCAUAACAAAAAAAUUCUGGUUGGGGAAUUCCACUGAAUGUGAUGAUAUUGAUUAUUUAAAUCAUUUUCCAGACAUGUAUAACUUUUAAUGUUGGCAUUAUUGUAAACUGAAAGUUUCGUUUGAAUCCUAAAAAGUAUUGUACAGCUUCUUUAAAAAUGUAUAGAAUUUUCAUAUGUUUCCCCGGAGAAAAGACAUCUUAAUGGCGGACAUGAGCUCUGUACAGGGUAUAGGAAUAAAUACCUGGUCAUUUGUUUCAGAUACAUGGUCUUGAUUUUUAUUGUACUCUUAUUAUUUAUUAAUAAAUAUUGAUUCAUACUUCCAGCAAUAAUCACUACUGAUUUAACAAACGGGUUUUAAAUUAUAAAUAUCCUGAUCAUGAAUUUUAAUUUUACCAUACAAUUUUUACUGUUGGAAUCAAUAUUUAGAACUUUUCCCCACGCAGUUUCAGUUUUAUUGUUUACCUGGGAUGGGACAAUCAGUGGUUCUUAUCUUACCACUGAAUAUCUUAUAAUAAUCAUUUUAUUGAAUUGUAAUCAGAUAUUAAAAAGGUUGUUGUGCUUGUGUUUUUUUAUAGUGAUUUCUAAGGUUCAAAUUUAAGCAUAUUAAUUACGACUAAUAGAUAGAUGUAUUGGUAGUUAUACUAUUUUUCUCCAAUGUGAAUACUUGGUAUUAUUUUUAAUCAAAUUAUAGGUCCGUCAUUUAUAGUUUCAAUUAGUUUUGUGUGAAUUUCAAUUUACUCAUUGAACACUGUUCAAAUCGUGAAAAUUUCCUUCUUCAUGGUUGAAUUAGUUAGCGUUGUUUUUAUUUUAAAUUUAAAAAGGGUCUUAAUUCAAAAGCCCUAGCUUCUCUCUUCCACAUUAAAAUUCAUUUUGCUCAUCACAAAUUACUGGUACAAACCGUUUUAAUUACCUUUUUUCAGAA